UCGCUAGCGGUCCAAAAACUUAACAUGGAGAAAGCAUGUCGGUCAGAUUUGAACUAUUCAGAAGAAAUAUGCUCUUUGGCAUUAAACGGUGAAGUUUCUGAUAAUAUUACUGCAGCAGUCCUAAGUGGUGCACAAAAAAUGGUAGCAGAUAUGACGGCGUGGAAGCAACCCUUGCAGAGUGGAAUUCCCGCAAUAGUUAUUUUAUUUGUUGGAGCUUGGAGCGAUAAAACUGGAAACAGGAAAGCUCUCAUGCUUUUUCCAAUCGUAGGGGAACUGGUGUCUGCUAUAGGAUUACUAUUUGCUACGUACUUCUUUUUAGAAUGGCCAUUGUGGGCAACUGCAUUAAUAGAAGCUCUUCCGUCUGCUUUCUCUGGGGGACUAUCGAUAGCUUUAAUGGGAUCUUUUAGUUUCAUUGCAGAUGUGACAACUGUUGAAUCUCGGACGUUUAGAAUUGGUGUUGUAGUUGUUAUAGUGACUCUGGGUAUACCGUUGGGGUCUUCUAUAUCUGGAGUAUUAACAGAAGCAGUGGGUUACUAUGGUAUAUUUGGCAUCGGAACAUUAUUGUAUGUGUUAGCGUUUCUUCAGACCUAUUUUAGAGUGCAUGAUGUUAGGCGAGUGGAGAUGGAGGGAACUUUCAAAGAAAAAAUAAUCCAGUUCUUCCAUCCUAAACACGUUUGGGAUACAAUUUCACUACUUUUCACCACCGCAAGAAUCCAGUUGAUCCAAAUUGUGCUUGUAAUUUGUGCUCAUAUUGUAAUCAUCGGACCAAUGUAUGGAGAAGGGAUGGUAUUAUUUCUCUACGCUAUAAAGAAGUAUAACAUGACCAUGGUCGAAUUUAGCUUGUUUUCGACGUAUUCUACCAUUAUGGGUUUAGGAGGAACUGCAGUAGCGGUAACCGUUUUCAGUAAAUAUCUGAAAAUGCACGAUGCUUUAAUCGGCGUCAUAGCGACGAUAUGCAAAGUUACGUCAAGUUUCGUAUAUUCUCUGGCACCAACAAAAGCUUGGUUCUACAGUGGUCCAGUAUUCGAUUUUUUUGGGAACUCAGGAACAACAGCUAUAAGAUCUUUGGGAACUAAAGUUGUUGAUCAAGAUAAAGUCGGUAAGAUGUGUUCUUUGAUCGGCUUCGUCGAGGCAAUAGUUCCCGUGAUUUACUCUCCUCUGUACAGCAAAGUGUACAGUGCCACACUUGAUACUUUCUCCGGAACAUUUUACUUGCUCGGUGGCUUUAUGACUGUGCCAGCAUUCUUUAUAUUCAUAGCCCUUUAUAGUAUACAAAGGCGUCAGGCGCGGGAUCAGGUGACGGAUCCAAACGCAAAGGAAAUGCAUGCCCACGACAAUGCCGCUACAGUACUUUAG